AUGGAGCUUGAAAAAGAACCAAGAGUAGAUCAAGUAGAGGGACACUGUUCAGGCUCUAGAAGACCAUCUCAAGACCAGAUGACCUCGACCAGAGAACUUCUACCUCGACCUUCGGAUGACCCUAGAGAUCCGUUGAACUGGCCAUUGUGGCUUAAGAUUUCAAUCCUGAUUCAAGUCAGCUCUCUAGCUGCUCUGGGAACCUUCAACACUGCGGUUAUAAACCCAGCUUAUGGCCCACUUGCGGCAGAAUUUAACAUAACGACGGUGACCGCUUCUUAUCAGACGACUGUGGCCAUUGGUAUAAAUGGAAUCGGUCCCUUUAUUUGGAUCCCGUUCGCAAACGUAUAUGGACGUCGCCCUAUAUACCUUCUUACAACCUUAAUUGGAUUUGCAACGGCCCUUGCAUGCGGUUUCACGAAUACUUUCAGCCAAUUGAUCAUUGCCCGAGUCUUUAAUGGCUUAUUCCCCGUCGCCAUGGCUCUAGGGCCAGCUACGGUGAACGACCUCUUCUUCUUCCAUCAGAGAGGUCGAGCAAUGGGAGUAUUUACUGUAGCACUGACGAGUGGUGCCCACUUUGCUUCAUUAGUUGGUGGGCCAGUCGGGCAAUUUUUGGGCUGGAGGUGGUGCUUCAAGCUCACGGCAAUCAUGAACGCUGUAAUGCUUUUCAUUAUAUUCUUCGCGCUCCCAGAAACUCUCUAUGUCCGCCGCCAUAACGAACUAACCUUGUCAGCGACACAGCGAGAAGUGAGGCUUGCUCCAACUACAUACCUCAGUUCGUUGCGGCUGUGGUCGACCUAUCCCGAGUUGAAGCUCAAACUCAAGCACUUCAUCAUUCCAAGCUUCAAAAUGACUAGAUACCCUAGUGUUAUAUUCCCAGCACUUUAUUACAGCGCACAGUAUUCGUAUGCUGCUAUCCUUCCGGCAGUCACAGUCGCAACUAUUUUUGAGGAGCGAUAUCAUUGGGGUACACUACAGACAGGGCUAUCGUAUGGUGGGACUUUCACCAUAGGCUCACUUGUGGGAGAGUUUGCGGGGGGGCUUGUUCUUGAUAAAAUGGUAGCUUCGGAGGCACGUCGACUGGGCCGCAACCCAGAGCCAGAAGUCCGUCUCAAAGCAAUCUGGCCAGGAGCAUUCCUUGUACCUACUGGUCUUCUCAUCUACGGUUUCUCUAUACAAUACCCUACGCCAUGGUUUCCGGCGCUGUUUGGCAUGUUCAUAGCCAUCUUCGGUCUUCAAAUCAUCGCCACAGUCUGCUAUACAUAUCCAGUAGACUGUUACCGACAGGAAGGGUCAGAGAUCUCGCAGUUAAUAAAUUUUAUCCGACAACUGACGGGCAUGACUGUGGCAUUCUACGUAGUAAGAUUGUGCAAAUCAAUUGGCUACCAGUAUGGGUUCAUUAUUUUCACGAUUCUUUCUAGCGUUUUGGCUUUCCUGCCAAUGUUGUGGUUGAUGAGGUAUGGUGAGGCGACAAGAAAGAGGAUUGGUUCUCCUAAGAAUGUAAAUGUAUUCGACAGUGUCGGAAUGCUAGGAGAAGAGGAAACGGUGGAGGCAGACGGUAUCGAAAAGAAGUAG